ACGUAGAUUUGAAUGCUGUGCGGAUAGCUUUUUCCAGUCGAUGAUCUCAACAGAAGUUUCCUCUGGCCGCCUCAUGAAGACACUAGGGAAAGUCACAAAGGACGAAGGAACUCCUCUUUAAUUUAAAACUCCUAUCGACGUCUAUGGCGGACAAAUAGCAGGAGCCGCUAUAAGCCAGUCAAACCGUGACAAUGCGGUUCAAACAAAGAAGGCUGUGAUUUGUGGCGUCCCGAUCUUUUUUUUUUUUUUUUUCCUCCUGAGCUGAAGCCCAGUCAGGGCUGGGUCCCGUUACGGUUUGAAUCGCUGCUUCGCCAAGAUGUCCACGGAGGAGCAGGACUAUCCCGAGGCGGUGCUGGUGACUGAAGCUGGGCCCCAGUGGCUCCGAGCCGAGGUGGAGCGGCUGUCCCGCGAGCUGCGAGAGACCACGCGCGAAAAGAUCCAGGCGGCGGAGUACGGGCUGGCCGUGCUGGAGGAGAAGCAGCAGCUCAAGCAGCGAUUCGACGACCUGGAGACGGAAUACGAGACGGUCCGACAGGAGCUGGACCAGCUAAAGGAGGCAUUCGGACAGGCAUAUUCUACCCACAGAAAGGUGGCAGCAGAUGGAGAAAGCAGGGAAGAGUCGCUGAUCCUGGAGUCUGCCAGUAAAGAGGCUCUGUACCAGCAGAAGGUCCUGGAGCUGCAGAAUGACCUCCGACAGGCCAAAGCUUCUCUGUCAAGCGCUCAAGCAGAAAAUGAUCGCCUGUCAGCCAUCGCUCUGGAAAUGAGAGAGAAUUCAGAGGUAGCGGAGCUGCAGCGGGCUCAGCUUCGCGAUGACAUCAGAGAGUAUAAGGUUCGGGAGGCCCGACUGCUGCAGGACUACACUGAACUGGAGGAGGAGAACAUCUCUCUGCAGAAACAAGUGUCUGUGCUGCGACAGAGCCAGGUGGAGUUUGAAGGUCUAAAGCAUGAGAUCCGUCGCCUAGAGGAGGAUUCCCAGUGUGUCCAAAGCCAGCUGGAGGAAGCCGUGCGUCUGAGAGAAAUUGCUGAGCGACAGCUCACAGAGGCUUUAGAAACUAUUAAAACAGAACGUGAGCAGAAGGCCACGCUGCGUAAGGAGCUCUCCCACUUCAUGACCAUUGGGGGGUCUGUGUACAGCAGCUUGCUCAACAUCUCCAUUGAUAACGCGAAACUCCACGACGACCCCUCUGCCGUCCAUGAACCUGAUAAUGACGACCUUAUCAGAGGCUUCGAGAAUGGCCUGGUCAAGAUGGAUGACAGCGAUGAAGAUAACAGAACGUUGGGCAACAAGAGAGGCGAGGCCUUUAAACCAGCACCUAGCUUGGUGGAUGAUCUGCUCAGUGAGCUCAACAUCUCUGAGAUACAGAAGCUCAAACAACAGCUUGCUCAGGUUGAGCGCGAGAAAGUGGCCCUGAUGAAUACUUUGCAGGAGAACCAGAAGCAGCUGGAGCAGGCCUACGGCACAGUGUCUGAGCAGAAGGAAACUGUCAACAAGCUGACUGAAAAUCUAAGCGCCAUGCGUAAACUCCAGGCCAGUAAGGAGCGCCACUCCGCCCUCAACAGCGAGAAAGAAAGGGACAGUCACGAUGACGGAGAUUAUUAUGAACUUGACAUCAACGGGCCCGAGAUUCUGCAGUGUAAGUACACUGUGGCUGUUUCUGAAGCAGGAGAGCUACGGCAGGAACUGAAAACACUGAGGGCGCAGUACGAGGAAUGUCGGACCAGGUAUGAGGAAGAGCGAGCCCGAUUGGAGAGCGAUGUCCAAGAUUUCAGGUCCAAGUUGUUCUCUUUGGAGAAGAUUAGUCAAGCUGAUAAAGCGGAGGUGGCCCGUCUGGAGAGGGAGCUCCGUCUGGCUACGGAGGCUGCAGGAGAAUCCCUCGGCUGCCUAAAUGUUGCUCAGGAUGAGCUCAUCGCUUUUAGCGAAGAGUUGGCCAAUCUCUACAACCAUGUGUGCAUGUGCAACAAUGAGACUCCCAACAGAGUCAUGCUCGACUACUACAAAGACGGCAAAGCCAGGGGACAGGAAGGAAAGGAACAGCAGACCGUACUUCUCACCAGUGGGCUGAUCAAUGAGAACCAAAAUGGAAGGUCUGAUUCCUGCCACGUUGCAGUUACUGCACCUGCAGCUCCACAACAUCGCCCAGAACCCAUGAACGUCUAUAACCUGGUAGCUAUCAUCAGGGAUCAAAUCCGCCACCUGCAGCAGGCUGUGGACCGGACCACAGAGCUGUCCCGCCAGAGGCUGGCCAACCUGGAGCUGAGUGCCGUGGCAGACAAAGACAAAGAGGCCUGCAUGGAGGAGAUUCUCAAACUGAAGUCACUUCUCAGCACCAAAAGGGAACAAAUUGCUACCCUCAGAGCUGUGCUCAAGGCCAACAAACAGACAGCAGAAGUUGCCCUGGCCAACCUCAAAAGUAAAUAUGACAGCGAGAAGGCCAUGGUGACCGAGACGAUGAUGAAGCUUCGAAAUGAACUCAAGGCUCUAAAAGAAGAUGCAGCCACUUUCUCCUCUCUUCGAGCCAUGUUUGCUACGAGAUGCGAUGAGUAUGUGACCCAGCUAGAUGAUAUGCAGAGGCAGCUGGCUGCAGCGGAGGAUGAGAAGAAGACGCUGAACUCCCUGUUACGAAUGGCCAUUCAGCAGAAACUGGCUUUAACUCAGCGCCUCGAGGAUUUAGAGUUCGACCAUGAGCAGGCGCGCCGCAGCACUGCCACAGCAGCAGGAGGAAAGGGUAAAACUAAGGGCAAGGGAGCCUCUUCCAGCCACCAUUAAACCUAUCAAGCCAAGUGACCUUAAAAAAAGAAAGUUGAUCAAUGUGACUUUUACUAUUCACGUGUUCCUGGUUUCUUCUGUGAUAAAGCUCCUGGUUAUAUCAGCUUAACGACCAGAACUCAACCAACAGUAUUUAAUUUGCCAAGAACUUUGUAAAAGGGUGCCAUAACACUUUGUAUAGAAUUCCUUCACAUGACAAUGAAGGAAGAAGAUUCAACGCAUCAUCAGUCUUCCGAGGAAUUGUACGACUGAUGGCUGAGCUAGAGGAAGGACUGGUGCUGAUUACUUAUCUACUACCACGGCUGAGCACUUUUUAUUACUUAUCCCUCCUAACAAAUGUCUUCCCCUAAAUUAUGCUGGUAUUAUUCAUUUUUUCUAAUAGAAAUGUAUGCUUUCCUGCCUGUUUCUGUCAGAUUUUGAGCCCCCUGAAUAUAUUGUAAUCUAAUUUAUUUUUAGCAGCAAAGUAGAAGUUUAUGUUACCUUUUAAAUACCGAACCAUUUGUCCUGUUGGGUAAAAUCCAAACGAGACAAAUGAGUUUCUCUAGCCUUUCUUUUUCUGUUGCCUUAGAUUGAGGUUUAAAUGAAAGCCAGUAACAAAGCAACAUCAAUCAGCUACCCAGGUAUUUUUUGGGGGGGAAAUAAUGUUACAUUAUUAUGACUCCAUUGUUGAAUGGAUCGUAGAUUUUGUUUUGUAGAUCUUGGCAGAAAUUCUCCGCUUCACCAAUUUUCUGCCAACUCAUGAAUAAGAUUGUCAUGACUGAGGACCGUUUCAGUGCAAAGUUAUUUUAAGAUUUAUAAGAUAAAAAAAUAGUAUUCAGAUUUUAUUCGUAAAAAGGUUUAUAAGUACUUUUUUAAUCCAGGUUUUGUAUGUUGUGUUAGGUCAUACAGUAACAAGUGCAGUGCCAUUGUGUGUAUUGUUUGUACAAGUGCAAUUUGCAAUCCUUGCUGAAGAAAAUAGGAGAGUAAAUGUUUGUGCUUUGUGAAAGUAUUAUUUUUGACAUGUUUAUGUUAUGACUGCAAUUGUAUUUAUUUGUGUCUUUUCAGACAACAGGAUUUACCUCUUUUGGUCAAAGAGGGAGUAAAAAUUUAGCUGCCUGCUUACAAAGUCUAACGGGGUCUUGUUUAAAAAAAAAAAAAAGUACUAGCAAAGAUGGUUUCUGUUACUACCUCCAGUUAUAACUGGCGAGGAAAUAAAUCUAACUUUCACACU